UAAGUGAGUUCUGCACUUACCAGUUGUCCGUGAUGAACGGCCAACCCCCUCCUCGUGAUGUCGUGAUUGCCAAUGGCAUUGAGCAGUCCACUGUCCCUAAAAUCAUGAAGCAGCAUUUGGGAGCCGGCACCCAUGCCGGGGCCCAAGCAGAGGCUGCCCCACCUACCACAGCCGGAAGUAUUGCUGGGGUGUAUGUGGAGGCCUCAGGGCAGACCCAGAGCUUCUAUGAUGCCAUGAAGCAGGGCCUCCUGCCUACUGGGCUUGGGCUGGCUUUGCUUGAGUCCCAGGCAGCCACUGGGGGCCUUGUGGACCUUGCCCAGGGCCAGAUGCUUCCUGUGUCUGAGGCCCUAAGGCAGGGUCUGGUGGGACUGGAGCUAAAGGAGAAAUUGUUGGCUGCUGAGCGUGCAGUUACUGGCUAUCCUGACCCCUAUGGGGGUGGAAAGCUGGCCCUCUUCCAGGCCAUCAGGAAGGAAAUUGUGGAUGAGACCCUGGGGAGGAGAUGGCUGGAGGCCCAAUUAGCUACUGGGGGCCUGGUGGACCCAACCCAAGGUGUACGAGUGGCCCCAGAGGUAGCCUGCCAGCGGGGCCUCUUAGACAAGGAGACGUGGCUCAGCCUAGUGGAGUCAGAGCCCAGCAUGGAUGCCCCAGGUUUUCUUGACCCCAAUACACUGGAACGGCUGCCAUAUAGCAUGCUGUUGGGUAGGUGUGUGCAAGACCCCAGCUCAGGGCUGCCCCUAUUGCCCUUGAAGACCACCUUCCACACCCUGGGGGGAGCAGCCAGCGCAUCCAUGCUGCUGGAGGCAGGAGUACUGGAUGAGGAGACAGUCCGUGGCCUGCAGGAGGGCACACUGGUGGUAUCAGAUGUGGGCACACGCCCUGAGGUGCAACGCUAUCUGGAGGGCGUUGGAGGGUUGGCCGGGGUUGUCCUGUUGCCUGGAGGUCACAAGAAGAGCUUCUUCCAGGCUGCAGGGGAACACUUGCUCUCAAAGGGCGUUGCACUACAACUCUUAGAGGCUCAGGCUGCUACCCGCACCCUUGUGCACCCUGCCACAGGCCAGCGUCUGUGGGUGGAAGAGGCAGUCAGGGAAGGUCUGGUCGGCCCAGAACUCCAUGAGCGGCUCCUGGUUGCAGAGCAGGCAGUAACUGGGUAUUAUGACCCCUUCAGUGGCUCCCGCAUCCCCCUUUUCCAGGCAAUGAAAAAGGAGCUUGUGGACCAGCCGCUGGCUCUGCGCCUCCUGGACGCCCAGCUGGCCACAGGUGGGCUUAUAUGCCCAGCCCGCAGAUUCCGGCUGCCCCUGGAGGCUGCCCUGCGCUUUGGCUGCCUGGAUGAAGAGACUCAGCAACGUCUCUCUCAGGCAAUGAGCUUUUCAGAUCCCACCACACAUGAUAGCCUUCGCUAUGAACAGCUGUUGGCCCGCUCUGUCACUGACCCAGAGACGGGGCUGGCUUUCCUGCCUCUCCCUGGAGAGCCCCAUGCAAAGGAGCCCCAGGGACCCACAUUUAUUGAUCAUUGUACUCGACAGGCCUUGAGCAAGGCCACAACCUCCGUCUCUGUAGGGAGGUUCCAGGGCCGGCCUGUAUCCCUCUGGGAAGUGCUCUUUUCUGAGGUAGUGCCCGUUAAACAGAGGGCAAUGCUUGCCCAGCAGUACCAGAAAGGGGCCCUGUCAGUGGAGGAGCUGGCAGCUGAGCUGAAGGCCAUUGUUGAGCAGGCCGCAGCCACUGCCAAAGUCACCUUUGCUGGGUUGAGGGACACGGUGACCCCGGGAGACCUGUUGGAGGCUGAGAUAAUCAACCAGGACCUGUUUGAGCAGCUGGAACGAGGACAGACCUCAGCCCAGGAUGUGGGCAGCCUGGACUCAGUGCAGAGGUACCUGCAGGGCACAGGUUGCAUUGCAGGUCUCCUGCUGCCUGACUCCCAGGAACGCCUCCGUAUCUAUGAGGCCCGUAGCAAGGGGCUCCUCAGGCCCGGGACUGCCCUGAUCUUGCUUGAGGCCCAGGCUGCCACAGGCUUUAUCAUUGACCCAAAAGAGAACAAGAGAUACUCUGUGGAGGAGGCACUAAGGGCUGGUGUCAUCGGACCUGAUGUAUAUGCAAAGCUGCUGUCUGCAGAACGUGCAGUCACUGGCUACACAGACCCCUACUCUGGGGAGCAGAUCUCACUCUUCCAAGCCAUGCAGAGGGAGCUUAUUGUCAGAGACCAUGGCAUCCGCCUGCUGGAGGCCCAGAUUGCCACCGGUGGCGUCAUUGACCCUGUGCACAGCCACCGUGUGCCCGUGGAGGUGGCCUACCAGCGUGGCUACUUUGACCAGAUGCUGAACUCUAUCCUGUUGGACCCAUCUGACGACACCAAGGGCUUCUUCGACCCCAACACGCAUGAGAACCUCACCUACCUGCAGCUGCUGGAGCGCUGUGUACACGACUCCGAGACAGGCCUGCACCUCCUGCCGCUUAGUGGCACACGACCCCAACUGGUAGAUAGCUCCACUCGGCAGGCCUUCCAGAACCUACUGCUCUCUGUGAAAUAUGGACGGUUCCGGGGGCAGCGAGUUUCCGCAUGGGAGCUCAUUAACUCAGAAUACUUCAGAGAGGACCAGAGGAGGCUGCUGCUGCGGCGUUAUCGGCAGCGCAAGGUCACACUGGAGCAGGUCACUCAGCUGCUGGAGAACGAGAUGAAGAGGUGGGCGGACGUCACGUUGCCUGCACUGAGGGGCCGAGUCACUGCCUACCAGCUCUUUCAAGCCCACAUCAUCAACCAGGAGCUCCUGGACCAGGUGCUAACGGGGGCGCUCAGCCCAGAUUCCCUCCUUCACAGGGAUGAUGUUCACAGGUACCUUCAGGGCUCAGGCACCGUGGGCGGUGUGCUGUUACAGCCCUCCAACCAGCCCGUCGGUCUCUACCAGGCCAUGAAGCAGAAGCUGCUGGCCCCUGGUGUAGCACUGGCCUUGCUGGAGGCCCAAGCAGCCACUGGAGCCAUCACAGACCCCUGCAGUAUGGAGACCCUGUCCGUAGAUGAGGCUGUGAGCAGGGGAGUGGUGGGGGCAGAGGUAUACAGCAAGCUGAAGCGAGCAGAGCACGCUAUCACCGGCUACAGAGACCCCUUUUCUGGAAAAAAGGUGUCCCUGUUCAGGGCCAUGAAGAAGGGCCUUGUCCCUAUGGAGCAGGCAACCCGCCUGUUAGAGGCCCAGGUGUCCACAGGAGGAGUCAUUGAUCCCACAACCCACCUCCACCUCCCCAUGCCUGUGGCAGUCCAGCGUGGCUGCCUUGAUCAAGAGAUGGAGGUGGCCUUGUCCAGCUCUCCUGAGACCUUUCCCACCCCUGAUGGCCGGGGACACACCAGUUAUGCCCAGCUUCUGGAGCAGUGUCUCCAGGAUAAAGCCUCUGGGCUUCACCUCCUGCCCCUGACAGAAGAUGCUCCUGCUCUCCCCACUGACACAGAGAUCCAGGAGACCCUGCAAGCAUCAGCUGGUACUGAGGAUGGUUUGUCCCUCUGGGAUCUGCUUACCUCUUGCCACUUUACAGAGGAACAGCGCAGGGGCUUCCUUGAGGAUGUGAGGGUUGGGAAGAUGUCUGUAUCACAGCUACAGGACACCGUGCGUAGCUGGGUACAGGCAGCAAAGCUCCUGGCCCGGGCCCGCAUCACUGUGCCAGGCCCACGGGGUGAGGUCCCUGCCAUUUGGCUACGAGAUACUGGUAUUAUUACUCAAGAGACACUGGAAGCAUUGGCCCAGGGCAUAGAAUCACCUGCUGAGGUAGCCACACAGCCUUCUCUGAAGGCCUGCCUCUGGGGCACAGGCUGUGUGGCCGGUGUGCUUCUGCAGCCCUCGGGGACCAAGUUGAGCAUUGCCCAGGCUGUAAGGGAUGGCUUCCUGCCCACAGGCCUGGGCCAGCAGCUGCUGGAGGCCCAAGUGGCAUCUGGCUUCCUUGUCAACCCACUAACCAACCAGAGAUUGUCGGUGGAGGAUGCAGUGAAGGCCGGCCUGGUGGGCAGGGAGCUGAGUGAACAGCUUCAGCAGGCAGAGAGAGCUGUCACGGGAUACUCAGACCCUUACUCAGGAGGCUCCCUUUCUCUAUGGCAGGCCAUGGAGAAGGGACUUGUCCCCAAGAGUGAGGCCUUUCCUCUCCUACAAGUCCAGCUGGCCACGGGGGGUGUUGUGGACCCUGUCCAUGGAGUGCACCUGCCCCAGGCAGUGGCCUGCAAGCUUGGCCUCCUGGAUGAGCAGACAAGCCAGGUGCUGACUGCCACUGAGGAGGAAAACAAGCUCUUCUUUGACCCCAACUCCCGUGAAAAGGUGACAUACCAGCAGCUCAAGGAACUCUGCGUGCUGGAUGCUGACACUGGCCUGUGGCUGCUACCACUGCCCCAGGACACUGUGGUUGAGGUGGAUGACCACACCGCAGUGGCACUGAGGGCUAUGAAGGUGCCCAUCAGCAUGGGGAGGUUCCAAGGACACAGCGUGUCCCUCUGGGACCUGCUACACUCUGAGUAUGUUGGAGCUGAAAAGCGGCGGGAACUGGUGGCACUUUGUUGUUCUGGGCGGGCUGCUGCCCUGCGGCAGGUCAUCAGCCUGGUCACCACUCUGGUGGAGGCUGCAGAGAAGCAGCCCCCACAGGCCACCUUCAAAGGGCUCCGGAAACAGGUUUCAGCUGGGGACUUGUUUAGGUCCCAGCUGAUCAACAAGCAGACCCUGGAUGAGCUCAAUCAGGGGAAGAGGACGGUUCAGGAAGUGACCGAGAUGGACAGUGUGAGGAGGUCCCUGGAAGGUGGCAACUUCAUCGCUGGGGUCCUUAUUCGGGGUACAAAAGAGAAGAUGAGUAUCCCGGAGGCCUUGAGAAGGCACAUUCUGAGGCCAGGCACAGCCCUGGUGCUGCUAGAGGCCCAGGCAGCCACCGGUUACAUCAUCGACCCUGUGGAGAACCGGAAGCUAACGGUAGAGCAGGCCUUCCAGGCAGGGAUGUUUGGCAAGGAAACUUACAUGAAGCUGUUAUCAGCUGAGCGCGCUGUCACCGGCUACACGGACCCUUACACUGGGGAACAGAUCUCCCUCUUCCAGGCCAUGCAGAGGGACCUCAUUGUCAGGGACCAUGGCAUCCGCCUGCUGGAGGCCCAGAUUGCCACGGGUGGCAUCAUCGACCCUGUACACAGCCAUCGUGUGCCUGUGAACGUGGCCUACCAGCGUGGCUACUUCGAUGAGGAGAUGAACCGCAUCUUGGCUGACCCGAGUGACGACACCAAGGGCUUCUUCGACCCCAACACGCAUGAGAACCUCACCUACCUGCAGCUGCUGGAGCGCUGUGUGGAGGAUCCCGAGACAGGCCUGUACAUGUUGGAAAUUGUAAAGAAGGGAGAAAACUACACGUACGUUGACGAGGCCACAAGGCAAGCUCUGAGAUCCAGAGCUGUGAAAAUGUACGUCGGGAGGUUUGCAGGCCAGAUGGUGUCUAUGUGGGACCUGCUGUCAUCUCAGUACUUCACAGAAGGAAGGAAAAGAAAGCUUUUGCAGGAGUACAGAGCCCAGACCAAGAGUCUAGAGGAACUGCUGGAGGUUAUCACCACCACCGUGGAAGAAACAGAGAAGCAAAACCAAAUAUUCAAGGUGCCAGGCAUCCAUGGCGACGUGACUGCUGCAGAACUGUUCAACUCUGGGAUCCUUGAUAAGAAGACCCUGGAUGUGCUUCACAGUGGAGACAGAGGGUGCCAGGAUCUCCGCCAGCUGGAGCAUGUCAAAAUCUACCUGGAAGGCAGCAGCUGCAUUGCUGGGGUGAUGGCACCCCUCACCCAGGAGGUAAUGAGCUUCUAUGAGGCCAGCAAGGAAGAACUCAUCCCAGCAGGAUUUGCAGCCCAGUUGCUGGAGGCGCAGGCUGCUACUGGGUAUCUCAUGGACCCCCGUACCCACCAGAGGCUGUGUGUGGAUGAGGCCAUAGCAGCUGGCCUGGUGGGCGAAGACCUGAGACAAAGGCUUGUGAACGCAGAGAAGGCAGCGAAGGGCUACAAAGACCCAGCCACGGGGGAGACUAUCCCACUCUUCCAGGCCAUGGAGAAGAAGUUAGUUAGGAGGGAGGAGGCACUGAGGCUGCUGGAGGUACAGGUGGCCACAGGCGGGAUCAUUGACCCUGUGUACCACCACCGAGUCCCUCUGGACACAGCCUGCAGGCGCGGCUGUCUGGGUGAUGACACAGUGGUACUCAUAGCUGAUCAGAAGCUCAUGAGGAAAAGGUUUGUGGAUCCCAACACACAGGAGAAGGUCACGUACCAGGAGCUGCAGGACAGGUGCCAGAGGGAGGAGAAGUCGGGCUGGGCUCUGUUCCCAGUGGUCAAGGACAAAAAGGACAUGGAGUAUGUUGAUGAGGCCACCAAAAGGGCUCUGGAGGCAGAGCAGGUGGAAGUGACCGUGGGGAGGUACAGGGGCCAGAGGCGAUCCGUGUGGGAGCUGCUGAACUCAGAGUACGUGUCAGAGGAGAAAAAGAUUGAACUGGUGAAGUUGUACAAAGAGGACACAGCCCGGGCACUGAAGAGAGUGGUACAAGUUAUUCUGCAAAUGAUUGCAGAUAAAGAAGGAAAAAACAGGCAACUCUGGUUCCGAGGACUGCGGACGCAGGUCACAGCGGAGGAACUGCUCCGCUCAGCUGUCAUCACAAGACAGACUCUGAAGGACCUGGAAGAAGGAAGAACCACAGUAGACCAGAUCGAAAGAAAUGAAGAUGUAAAAAAAUACCUCAAGGGCACCAGCUGCAUUGCAGGGGUCCUGGUGCCCGUCCGGGGAGAGCCUGAACGUCAGGAGAAGAUGAGCAUCUAUCAGGCCAUGUGGAAGGGCUUGCUGAGGCCUGGCACAGGCCUGGUACUGCUAGAGGCACAGGCAGCCACCGGCUUCAUCAUCGAUCCAGUGCACGACCGUAGAAUGUCUGUGGAGGAGGCCGUGGCAGCAGGUGUGGUGGGUGGCGAGGUCCAAGAGAAGCUGCUGUCAGCCGAGCGCGCUGUUACCGGCUACAAGGACCCCUACACGGGGGAGCAGAUCUCCCUCUUCCAGGCCAUGCAGAGGGACCUCAUAGUCAAGGACCAUGGCAUCCGCCUGCUGGAGGCCCAGAUUGCCACGGGUGGUGUCAUUGACCCCGUGCACAGCCACCGUGUGCCCGUGGAUGUGGCCUACCAACGUGGCUACUUUGACCAGGAGAUGAACAGCAUUUUGGCAGAUCCUGGUGAUGAUACCAAGGGCUUCUUUGACCCCAACACACAUGAGAACCUCACUUACCUACAGCUGCUUCGGCGCUGUGUGCGGGAUCCAGAGACUGGUUUCUACAUGCUGCAGCUGGCAGAGAAGGGAUCCACUGUGCACCACCUGAGUGAGGAACUGAGACGUGCCCUUCGUGAAGCGCGAGUGACCCCAGGCACAGGCGACUACCAGGGCCAGAGCAUCUCUGUCUGGGAGCUUCUCUUCUACCGCGAGGUGCCCGAGAGACUGCGCCAGGACCUGCUGCGCCGGUACCAAGCUGGUGGGCUGACUGUCCAGGAACUGACCACCACGCUCAUCUCACUGCUGGCCCGAACCAAGGAUGGGAGCCCACCUGUAGAUCCCCAAGGAACCCUGGGUAAGGCCACCAUGGAGGUAAAAGUAGGUCAUCUUCAGGGCCAAGGGGUGCCAGUUUGGGAUGUUCUGACAUCCAACUAUGUGAGCAGGGACACCCGGAAGGAGCUGCUGGCCCAGUUCAGCUCUGGGAAACUGACUCUGCCCAUGCUGACCCGAAGACUGACCACCGUCAUUGAGGAAGCCGAGGAGACUCAGGAGUCCAGUCCAAAGCUGACUGUUGCCUCACUGAACCAACAGGAGACUGGGGCCAGAAGCUCAGGCACCCUCCCAGACAAGGACAAGGUGGAGGACAUUGCCAGGCAGAAUCAGGAAGAGGCUCUGCGUGCCGCCACCAUGGAGGUGCACCGUGGGCAGUUCCGUGGCAAACCAGUCUCAGUGUGGCGAGUCCUAUUCUCCUCAUACCUGAGUGAGACCCGCCGAGAGGAACUCCUUGCCCAGCACUUGGCUGGUACCCUGGCUCUGCAUGACCUCAUCACCAUUCUCACCCAGGUCAUCGAGGACACAGAAGCACGGCUCAGCAGGGUGUCUUUCCGGGGUCUGAGGCGCCAGGUAUCUGCAUCUGAGCUGCAAACAUCUGGGGUCAUAGACUCGGAGACCCUGCGGGAACUGGCACAAGGGACCAAGACCCUGCAAGAGGUGACUGAGAUGGAUUCUGUGAAGCGCUACCUAGAAGGAACCAGCUGCAUUGCGGGUGUCCUGGUGCCGGUCCAGGGAGAGCCAGGCCGUCAGGAGAAGAUGAGCAUCUAUCAGGCCAUGUGGAAGGGCUUGCUGAGGCCUGGCACGUCCCUGGUACUGCUGGAGGCUCAGGCGGCCACCGGCUUCAUCAUCGACCCAGUGCACAACCGCAGGCUGUCUGUGGGUGAAGCUGUGGCAGCAGGUGUGGUGGGUGGCGAGAUCCAAGAGAAGCUUCUGUCAGCCGAGCGCGCUGUUACCGGCUACAUGGACCCCUACACUGGGGAGCAGAUCUCCCUCUUCCAGGCCAUGCAGAGGGACCUCAUAGUCAAGGACCAUGGCAUCCGCCUGCUGGAGGCCCAGAUUGCCACGGGUGGUGUCAUUGACCCCGUGCACAGCCACCGUGUGCCUGUGGAUGUGGCCUACCAACGUGGCUACUUUGACCAGGAGAUGAACAGCAUUUUGGCAGAUCCUGGUGAUGAUACCAAGGGCUUCUUUGACCCCAACACACAUGAGAACCUCACUUACCUACAGCUGCUUCGGCGCUGUGUGCGGGAUCCAGAGACUGGUUUCUACAUGCUGCAGCUGGCAGAGAAGGGAUCCACUGUGCACCACCUGAGUGAGGAACUGAGACGUGCCCUUCGUGAAGCCCGAGUGACCCCAGGCACAGGCGACCUCCAGGGCCAGAGCAUCUCUGUCUGGGAGCUUCUCUUCUACCGCGAGGUGCCCGAGAGACUGCGCCAGGACCUGCUGCGCCGGUACCAAGCUGGUGGGCUGACUGUCCAGGAACUGACCACCACGCUCAUCUCACAGCUGGCCCGAACCAAGGAUGGGAGCCCACCUGUAGAUCCCCAAGGAACCCUGGGUAAGGUCACCAUGGAGGUAAAAGUGGGUCAUCUCCGGGGCCAAGGGGUGCCAGUUUGGGAUGUUCUGACAUCCAACUAUGUGAGCAGGGACACCCGGAAGGAGCUGCUGGCCCAGUUCAGCUCUGGGAAACUGACUCUGCCCAUGCUGACCCGAAGACUGACCACCGUCAUUGAGGAAGCCGAGGAGACUCAGGAGUCCAAUCCAAAGCUGACUGUUGCCUCACUGAACCAACAGGAGACUGGGGCCAGAAGCUCAGGCACCCUCCCAGACAAGGACAAGGUGGAGGACAUUGCCAGGCAGAAUCAGGAAGAGGUUCUGCGUGCCGCCACCAUGGAGGUGCACCGUGGGCAGUUCCGUGGCAAACCAGUCUCAGUGUGGCGAGUCCUAUUCUCCUCAUACCUGAGUGAGACCCGCCGAGAGGAACUCCUUGCCCAGCACUUGGCUGGUACCCUGGCUCUGCAUGACCUCAUCACCAUUCUCACCCAGGUCAUCGAGGACACAGAAGAACGACUCAGCAGGGUGUCUUUCCGGGGUCUGAGGCGCCAGGUAUCUGCAUCUGAGCUGCAAACAUCUGGGGUCAUAGACUCGGAGACCCUGCGGGAACUGGCACAAGGGACCAAGACCCUGCAAGAGGUGACUGAGAUGGAUUCUGUGAAGCGCUACCUAGAAGGAACCAGCUGCAUUGCAGGUGUCCUGGUGCCGGUCCGGGGAGAGCCAGGCCAUCAGGAGAAGAUGAGCAUCUAUCAGGCCAUGUGGAAGGGCUUGCUGAGGCCUGGCACAGCCCUGGUCCUGCUGGAGGCUCAGGCGGCCACCGGCUUCAUCAUCGACCCAGUGCACGACCGCAGGCUGUCUGUGGAGGAGGCCGUGGCAGCAGGUGUGGUGGGUGGCGAGAUCCAAGAGAAGCUUCUGUCAGCCGAGCGCGCUGUUACCGGCUACAAAGACCCCUACACGGGGGAGCAGAUCUCCCUCUUCCAGGCCAUGCAGAGGGAUCUCAUAGUCAAGGACCAUGGCAUCCGCCUGCUGGAGGCCCAGAUUGCCACGGGUGGUGUCAUUGAUCCCGUGCACAGCCACCGUGUGCCCGUGGAUGUGGCCUACCAACGUGGCUACUUUGACCAGGAGAUGAACAGCAUUUUGGCAGAUCCUGGUGAUGAUACCAAGGGCUUCUUUGACCCCAACACACAUGAGAACCUCACUUACCUACAGCUGCUUCGGCGCUGUGUGCGGGAUCCAGAGACUGGUUUCUACAUGCUGCAGCUGGCAGAGAAGGGAUCCACUGUGCACCACCUGAGUGAGGAACUGAGACGUGCCCUUCGUGAAGCGCGAGUGACCCCAGGCACAGGCGACUACCAGGGCCAGAGCAUCUCUGUCUGGGAGCUUCUCUUCUACCGCGAGGUGCCUGAGAGACUGCGCCAGGACCUGCUGCGCCGGUACCAAGCUGGUGGGCUCACCGUUCAGGAUAUGAGUACCACGCUCAUCUCACAGCUGGCCCGAACCAAUGUUGGGAGCCCACGCUUAGAUCCCCAAGGAACCCUGGGUAAGGCCACCAUGGAGGUAAAAGUAGGUCAUCUUCGGGGCCAAGGGGUGCCAGUUUGGGAUGUUCUGACAUCCAACUAUGUGAGCAGGGACACCCGGAAGGAGCUGCUGGCCCAGUUCAGCUCUGGGAAACUGACUCUGCCCAUGCUGACCCGAAGACUGACCACCAUCAUUGAGGAAGCCGAGGAGACUCAGGAGUCCAAUCCAAAGCUGACUGUUGCCUCACUGAACCAACAGGAGACUGGGGCCAGAAGCUCAGGCACCCUCCCAGACAAGGACAAGGUGGAGGACAUUGCCAGGCAGAAUCAGGAAGAGGCUCUGCGUGCCGCCACCAUGGAGGUGCACCGUGGGCAGUUCCGUGGCAAACCAGUCUCAGUGUGGCGAGUCCUAUUCUCCUCAUACCUGAGUGAGACCCGCCGAGAGGAACUCCUUGCCCAGCACUUGGCUGGUACCCUGGGUCUGCAUGACCUCAUCACCAUUCUCACCCAGGUCAUCGAGGAGACAGAAGAACAGCUCAGCAGGGUGUCUUUCCGGGGUCUGAGGCGCCAGGUAUCUGCAUCUGAGCUGCAAACAUCUGGGAUCAUAGACUCGAAGACCCUGCGGGAACUGGCACAAGGGACCAAGACCCUGCAAGAGGUGACUGAGAUGGAUUCUGUGAAGCGCUACCUAGAAGGAACCAGCUGCAUUGCGGGUGUCCUGGUGCCGGUCCGGGGAGAGCCAGGCCGUCAGGAGAAGAUGAGCAUCUAUCAGGCCAUGUGGAAGGGCUUGCUGAGGCCUGGCACAGCCCUGGUACUGCUGGAGGCUCAGGCGGCCACCGGCUUCAUCAUUGACCCAGUGCACAACCGCAGGCUGACUGUGGAGGAGGCCGUGGCAGCAGGUGUGGUGGGUGGCGAGAUCCAAGAGAAGCUGCUGUCAGCCGAGCGCGCUGUUACCGGCUACAUGGACCCCUACACGGGGGAGCAGAUCUCCCUCUUCCAGGCCAUGCAGAGGGACCUCAUAGUCAAGAAUCAUGGCAUCCGCCUGCUGGAGGCCCAGAUUGCCACGGGUGGUGUCAUUGACCCGGUGCACAGCCACCGUGUGCCCGUGGAUGUGGCCUACCAACGUGGCUACUUUGACCAGGAGAUGAACAGCAUUUUGGCAGAUCCUGGUGAUGAUACCAAGGGCUUCUUUGACCCCAACACACAUGAGAACCUUACUUACCUACAGCUGUUACAGAGAGCCACUCCUGACCCAGAGACUGGCUUAUUGUUUCUCUCCAUCUCUAAGCGCUGAAUGUUUUUAUGUUACUUUCUCGAAGGUACUUCCGGGCUUGCCUAGUCCUUUAGGUGGAUAAUCAUUGUCUCUGUAUACUUGUAACUCUUCUUUAUCAGGGUUUAGUUUUAGGUUAUGCUCAUUUCUUUCUAUGGUUCCUUGUUUUGUGUUCUCAUGUAUGACUUCUUUUUGUUGUUGUUUUUCCUCUACAGACUUCUCGUGGGUUUUUUUCCCCCACUAUU